AUGUCAGUCAAGGACAUAUACUAUUCGGACCGGUACAAAGAUCCACAGUUUGAGUAUAGACAUGUGAUUCUUCCUGACGACAUUGCAAAGAAAGUCCCAAAGGACCGCCUAAUGACGGAAGACGAGUGGAGGAAAUUAGGUGUCCAACAGUCUCUUGGGUGGAUCCAUUACGACUGGUUCAAGCCUGAGCCCAACGUUCUCUUGUUUCGACGUCCUCGAACUGACGUGUAA